CUUCUACAGUAAAAGUGACGCUGUCUGGUUUGACUGGAGCGUUGGUGGGUUCUUCUUUCCACAGAGAGAUAUAAGUAAAAAACGAUUCGAAUAAUUUUGUCAGUAAAAAAAUAUAUAUUUAAUGAAUUGACUGUUUAGUCGUGCUUGGGGUCUGGACUGGAGCUCGCCUUAAAUUUUUCAGCGCUGGACAUUGGUCAAUGGUCUCCACCUUGGCUACAGUUGAUGCCUAGUACCACCUUUAUCUGAAUUAUUGCGCCUAAAGACCGUGUUGGCAUGUCACGAUUCCAUAUCCUUUUACUAUUCAUGGUGACCUUUAUCAGAGAGCUGCUGGGACACAAUGAAGGCUCUGGAACCACACUGCACAGCAGCUACAAUGAGGUUAUGCCAGAGGAGGAGUACUAUACUCCCCGACUGAACUACAGGCAUCCAAGAUGGUGUCACUUUCUGAGCCUGGCCAAUGGGGAUGUGACCUGCCACUCCCCCCGAGGAGAGAACUACCGCAGCACCCUAGGCACCCGCUGCGAGAUGACCUGUGACCGUGGCUACAAGCUGCUGGGCAGAUCCUCGGUGCUGUGCAUGCCCAACCGCCGCUGGUCUGGGACCAGUCACUGCCGCCAGAUUCGUUGCAACGUGCUGCACCUGAUCUGGCACGGCACGUACCACUGCACCCAGGGUUAUGUGGUGGACUCCAGGUGUGACUACAUCUGUGAGCCGGGGUACCGGAUCGAGGGGGACCACUCUCGUACCUGUCUGGAUGGGGGGUCCUGGAGUGGGGCAGAGCCCAUCUGUGCAGAUCAUGAUCCUCCAAAAAUAAAGUGUCCCCUGUCCCGAGUGAAGGUCGCUGAGCCUGGGAAACUAACAGCCAGAGUGUCCUGGGACCCCCCUGUUGCCACGGAUACUGCUGAUAAAACACUAGAUGUAACACUGAUAGGCCAGGGGCCAGAUACCAACUUUAAAGAGGGGAUAAACAUUAUCCGGUACACAGCACAUGACCAAGCCAGAAACAGGGCUGCCUGCAAGUUCAUUGUUCGUGUGGAAGUCAGGAGGUGUCCAGUCCUCAAGCCCCCUCUCCAUGGUUACCUCACCUGUGACUCUGACGGGAACAACUACGGGGCGGUGUGCGAGUACCACUGUGUCGGGGGCCAGGAGAGGAGGGGGACCUCCAGCCGUGUCUGCCAGUUCGACCACAGCUGGACUGAGGCCUCUGCCGAGUGUGUCACAAUGGAGUUUAAAACAGAUGUGGAUACAGCUUCUGGCCUCCUGGACCAGUUCUAUGAGAAGAGGAGGCUUCUAAUUGUGUCGGCACCUAACGUAGCCCAUGGAGACUACAAGCUCCAGAACCUUAUGGUCCAGAAAGCAGAUUGUGGUCUGAACUUACGACGAGUGACAGUGAUUGAGCUGCUAGGGUCCCCUCCUCAGGAAGUGGGCCUCAUCAAGGGACGUCACCUGGACACUGAGGUCAUUGAGGGUCUGAGGCAGGCUUUCCGGAUCUCCAGAUCCUACUUCAACAUGGUGCUGCUGGACAAGGAUGGUUUGGACCACGAGAGAUUCAUCACACCCACCACAUCCGAUGAGCUCUUCUCAUACAUCGACAAUAACCUGUUGGACGAAGAAGAACGAAGGCGGCUGGAGUUACACAGCGACCUCUGUGAGUAAGACUUGAGUGCCCCCUGGUGGCUUGGGGAGGUCAGACACUUUUACAAAGAUAUCAGCUCAGAGGAAAAGGCUCUGCUAUCUAGAGAUACAAUCAUGGACACCAAGCUGGCCCAGAAUAGAGAGAUAAACAUGAAAACAGAAUAGCUCUGGUAGUGAGAUGUUUCCACUGGCUGAUAGAUGAAGAGAUCUUAGAGGUAGCCUGUUUUUCAGGUCUAAAAGUAUAGAGAUUGGUGUAUUGUUAGAGGAUUGUGGGUUCGAUUCCCACGGGGGGCCAGUAUAAAAAAAUAUAAUGUAUGCACUCACUAAAUGUAAGUCGCUCUGGAUAAGAGCGUCUGCUGAAUGACUAAAAUGUAAAUGUAAUGAAAUGUAGGGACUUUUACUUCACCUUCUGUACUGCACAGACAGGUGUAACAAAUGUGGAUGAUUACAGGUUUAGUCAUUUCAUAUUUAUUAGGUGAAUAAAAUAUUUGAUACAGUCAUAGGACUCUUAUAAAUAAAAGAGCAUAAAAGUUGAGAAAUAAAAUUGGUCUCCUUCA